GCCGGAUCGGAAAUGGAGACCGAAAGCUUCUUGCGGAUCGAGACGCCGCGCAAGUCGCGCUCCCGUUGGUACUUCGCUGGUGCGGCUGCGGCUCUUCUCCUCGUCGCCGGCGUGGUAGCUAAGACGGCACCGGAAACCCUGGGUAUCUCCUCCCCGAAGAACAUCAUCUUCGAUACUGAGGUGUCCCACUGGGAGGACAUUCCGGGCAUUGACAAGGUGAUCCGCAAGGCCCAAAGCCUGAGGCUUGACAAGCCACUGCGCAACUUGCAGGAUUUGUUCUAUGAUUCGCAGCCAGAGGAAGUGCCCUUUAUUCGCACGGAAUGCGUCAUUGACGUCGUGCAGGCCAUCGUUUUCCUCUACAAAUCGAUCGACUACGAUGGCUUGGAGUGCCCCAACAACUCACCCGUGGGCUGUGCAGCCAGCGUGGCUGGGUUCAUCACGUCUAUCAGCUGGAUCGCAUCUUACCUUUCCUUCGCGGCCAACGCUUGCGGUCAGGCUGUGAACUCAGGUGCCCUCUGUGCUGGUGAUUUCACCGCGUUGAUGGCCAACUUCGGUGAGAUUGCUACCGUGGGUGCCGCGGCGAGGGCAGACUGCAACUUCGGCAAGAACGCCCUGCAGAUCUUAACUCGAGCAGAGACGAUUUCCCCUCCCUGGAAGCAAUUCGUCCCAGCGGGAGUUGAGAAGGCCUUGAAGAUCAAGGGUCACAAGGACCAACAGCGUAACCGUGGCUUCGACAUCGCCCAGUGUGUCGCCGAUGUCACGAACGCGGCUUCCUACAUCGUCCGUGCUAUCCUUCAGGUUCGCAGCGCGGCGAGCGCCUGUCCGGAACCAAAGGCCUGCGCGAUCAACAUUAUGAACAUCAUCUCAUCCUAUGCUUGGAUCUCGCAGUUCACGGCCCUGGCGGUCUCGGACUGCCAGGUGGCCGCAGACCAGAAGGCACUCUGUGCGGCGGACAUCUCCGACAUGGUCGCCGCCCUGACCAACGGCCCUGCAGCCGGGAUCGCCUCCACGUCGGAUUGCGCGGAUGUGUGA